UGGUGGUUUCCAGGUGAAUGAGCGCAUAAAGGCGCAUUUUGCGCGGCAGUGGCGCUGAAUUUCUUCCCCGACCGGCGCAGGCAUGGCCUCGCUGCACCUCUCCACAGUGGCAGCAGUUUUCAGUGUUUUAUUAAUGACAGGUCUGGCUGGAAAAUGUGGCAGUAACCACUGGCAGUGUGAUGAUGGAGCCUGUAUUCUCAGCUCCUGGAGAUGUGAUGGUGCAGGUGAUUGCCUGGAUGGAUCUGAUGAGAUGGACUGCUCCUGCCCUCCAGAGUACUUUGAGUGUUUUGAUGGCACAUUGUGUGUGAUGGAGUCUGCGGUGUGUGAUGGCCAAACCCAGUGUCCGGAUGGGUCUGAUGAACUGAACUGUAACCUGUAUGAGGGCUGCCUCACGGGUGACUGGAAAUGCAAGAACAGCAUUUGCAUCUCACUGAGCCUCCGGUGCAAUGAGUUUGAUGACUGUGGGGACGGCUCGGAUGAAGAAGGCUGUGGAUAUUGUGGAGAUCUGAAUGUGCGCUGUCCAAAUGGAACUUGUUUGACCCUGAGAGAGAGGUGUGAUGGAGUUCCUCAUUGUUCUGAUGGAAGAGAUGAACCUGUUACAUGUGGUAAAAUGUGUCGAGAUAAAAAUGGUGGCUGUAGCCACACGUGCACUGAUCAGCUCUGGGGAGCAAUGUGCUCUUGCCCCAGUGGGAUGAAGCUCUCAGCAAAUGGAGCGAAGUGUGAAGAUGUUGAUGAAUGUGCUCAACCCUAUGGACCCUGCAUGCACAUAUGCAUUAACACCAAAGGAUCCUUCCAGUGCCGGUGCCGCCCAGGUUUCCAGCUACAAGGUGGUAACGUGUGCCAGACACAAGGAAACGAUACUAAACUACUUACCACUAAGAAGGGACUUCUUGGUUUGAUCGCUGUAAACGACAGAUCGUUCUUACCGCUCACUGGAAUCAGCAGUAACCCACUGGCUUUAACUUUUGACUUUGAACAGAACCUUGUUUUUUGGGCUGAUGGGAACGGCAACAUCUAUAAAACUUUGGAUCAGAAGAGCAGUGUCCUUUAUUCAGGACAAACUGGCAUCAAGUCUCUAGCUGUUGAUUGGCUCAAUGGGCAACUUUACUGGACUAACGCCGAGCUAAAAGGCAUUUAUACAGGCGCGUAUGAUGGUAGUUCUGUUGGCGUAGUCUUAUCCAAAGAUACCGAUCCAACAGAUUUGGUUCUUCUUCCCACUGAAAGCACCAUGUUUUGGAUUAAUAAAGGACCAAACAUCUUGACUAUUGAGAGCGCGGCAAUGGACGGCUUCUUGAGGACUUCGUUGAUGGUUGUAACUGCACAGUUACCGAGAGGUCUUGCGUUGGAUGUGGCAGCACGAAGGUUGUACUGGAUAAGUGAGUUCAAAAAGUCAGUUGAGACAGUAAAGGUGGAUGGUACAGGACGGCACACCUUUCGGGAGUUCUUUAAAGGACGGGUUGGUCAGAAUCUGGCCGUGUUUAAUGGUUUGUUCUAUUGGACUGAAGACAGGCGUUUGUGGCAAGCACCUGAAAACCAGCCUAGUAAAAAAAACUUUCUUCUAAAGGGAGAACUAACAACCGUAAUGGUCUAUCAUGAACUUCAGCAGCCCAGAGGUCUUUCUCCAUGUAGGAAAUCAGGCUGUCAGCUCUGCAUGCCCUCUCUAACCAGCCUUAGUGGUUACACCUGCUCCUGCUCUGAGGGAAAGCUUUCUGUGCAACGUGGAUCAUGUGAAUGGUUUAAACUUGCCUAUGCAACACCCACAACCAUAUACACACUGGAAUAUACUACAAAUGGUCCUGUUAAAUCCAUUCUCUUCUCCUCUGAUGAGGACAUUCAAGCAUUUGAUGUGGACUGGAAGAGAGGAUUGGUUAUUUGUGCCAAUCUUACAGGCCACGUGAAGGUUCAUGUGCUCAGGGAGGGUCGCUCAGAAUAUAUACCAACUCUGAAGCCUGUUUGUGUUGUCAGAGUUGACCAGAAAACUGGAAACUUCUACUGGGUUUCGUGUGAUGAGCUCUCAGUUGGUGCCACCCAUAUUAGCCUCCCUGAUCAGAGCGUUUCGAGCCAUUUGUACCAGGCAAGUGGUGAAAUCAAUGACCUUUUCGUGGAUUGGCAGCGAGGUCAGUUGUACUGGCUGGAGGACAGUCAGAUCAUCACCAUGAAACUAGGCCUGUUGGGUGGAAAUGCAAAAGCCAUCUACCGCUCUGAAGACAAAAGUAUCGGCCACGUUGUAUUUGAUCGCAGAGCCUACAGCGUCGUUUGGCACUCGCAAAAUGAACUGCAAGUAUUGAGUCUUCUGAAGAGGAAAAAGUACACUGCAGGUGAAGGAUGGACUUUUCCAGGUUUGAUCGCAGCUGCCUAUGAGCCCUACAUUGUGACUGUCCUCAAUGACGUCAUCACGCUGUGGAAACGGCAAGAUGGAACACGUGUGAAGGCAGUGACUGUGGAAAGUGCCAUUGUUGAUGUAACUGUAGCUUUGAAUGAAUUACAGCAAGAUGCACCUCUGUCUUCUCCAGGAACAGACUGUGAAAAGCCUUCCAUGUUGUGUAAAGAAACAUCGUUGUGCAUGCAGCAGGCUUGGCUUUGUGAUGGAACAAAAGACUGCCCUGAUGGAUCAGAUGAGAUGAAUUGUCGAGAGUUGUGUUCAAAAAGAGGUGACUUUCAGUGUAAAGAUGGAAGAAAUUGUGUUGCACGAUAUCUGUUGUGUAAUGGACGUCCUGACUGCACUGAUGGCUCAGAUGAGAUGAGCUGUUCUCCUACAACCAACACCAAAAACGUCGCUCCCUUAAGGUGCCGCUUGGGUUCAAAACUCUGUCGGGAUGGAAGUGACUGUGUCCACCACAGCCAUGUGUGUGAUGGACAGUUUGACUGUAAGGAUGGAUCGGAUGAAGAUGGCUGUGAACGUUGGUGCAAAGCAGACCAGUUUCAGUGUGCUCAUGGGAGGAUGUGCAUUGACAAGAAGCUGGUGUGUGAUGGGACGCCUCAGUGUCAGGAUCGCUCUGAUGAAAUGGACUGUUUUACACGCACCAAGAGCUGCAGCCAUCGCUGUGAUAAUAAAACCCGCUGCAUCCCAGACACCUUCCUGUGUGAUGGAGAGAAAGACUGUCUAGAUGGCACUGAUGAAGCAGACUGUCGUGAGCUCUCUUCUGUUGCUGCGACUCCUAAAAUUGAAAAGACUCCAGAACCAGUGUGUGAAAAUCCUUCUGAAAUGUGUCCCGGAACAUCCCUGUGCAUCAGUCAGUCUCAGCUGUGUGACGGGAUGUUGGAUUGUCCUGAUGGGUUUGAUGAGCUCCACUGUUUACACGCCUGUUCAGAUCCAGGCCACUUUCUGUGUAAGAACAAAAGGAAGUGUGUUGAACGAGCCCUGGUGUGUGAUGGAGACAAGCACUGCAAGGACGGGUCUGAUGAGGAGGACUGUGGACAAAAACCUCCUGGAAUUAAAAAAUCUCCAGAACCAGUGUGUGAAAGUCCUUCUGAAAUGUGCCCGGGAACAUCGCUGUGCAUCAGUCAGUCUCAGCUGUGUGAUGGGAUGUUGGAUUGUCCUGAUGGGUUUGAUGAGCUCCACUGUUUACACACCUGUUCUGAUCCAGGCCACUUUCUGUGUAAGAACAAGAGGAAGUGUGUUGAACAAGCCCUGCUGUGUGACGGUCGCUCGGACUGUUCUGAUGGAUCAGACGAGGCCCAGUGUCCGACUUGUCCUCUGCACUGUGACGAGGGGACGGUGUGUCUGACCAGCCAGCAGUUCUGUGAUGGACGUAUGGACUGUAAAGAUGGCUUGGAUGAGAGGAACUGCUAUAAACCUGGCAAAAAACCUACAAAAUCAUCCCUGAAAUGUCCCCUGGGCUUCAAACCAUGCCGAGAUGGAAGUGACUGUAUCCUCUAUAAUCACGUGUGUGAUGGAGAAAAGGACUGCAAGGACGGGUCUGAUGAGAGAAACUGUGAAAAGCAAUGUAAUAAAGACCAGUUUCAGUGUGCUCAUGGGAGGAUGUGCAUCGACAAGAAGCUGGUGUGUGAUGGGACGCCUCAGUGUCAGGAUCGCUCUGAUGAAAUGGACUGUUUUACACGCACCAAGAGCUGCAGCCAUCGCUGUGAUAAUAAAACCCGCUGCAUCUCAGACACCUUCCUGUGUGACGGAGAGAAAGACUGUCUAGAUGGCACUGAUGAAGCAGACUGUCGUGAGCUCUCUUCUGUUGCUGCGACUCCUAAAAUUGAAAAGACUCCAGAACCAGUGUGUGAAAAUCCUUCUGAGAUGUGUCCCGGAACAUCCCUGUGCAUCAGUCAGUCUCAGCUGUGUGACGGGAUGUUGGAUUGUCCUGAUGGGUUUGAUGAGCUCCACUGUUUACACGCCUGUUCAGAUCCAGGCCACUUUCUGUGUAAGAACAAGAGGAAGUGUGUUGAACGAGCCCUGGUGUGUGACGGUCGCUCGGACUGUUCUGAUGGAUCAGACGAGGCCCAGUGUCCGACUUGUCCUCUGCACUGUGACGAGGGGACGGUGUGUCUGACCAGCCAGCAGUUCUGUGAUGGACGUAUGGACUGUAAAGAUGGCUUGGAUGAGAGGAACUGCUAUAAACCUGGCAAAAAACCUACAAAAUCAUCCCUGAAAUGUCCCCUGGGCUUCAAACCAUGCCGAGAUGGAAGUGACUGUAUCCUCUAUAAUCACGUGUGUGAUGGAGAAAAGGACUGCAAGGACGGGUCUGAUGAGAGAAACUGUGAAAAGCAAUGUAAUAAAGACCAGUUUCAGUGUGCUCAUGGGAGGAUGUGCAUCGACAAGAAGCUGGUGUGUGAUGGGACGCCUCAGUGUCAGGAUCGCUCUGAUGAAAUGGACUGUUUUAAACGUACCGAAAGCUGCAGCCAUCGCUGUGAUAAUAAAACCCGCUGCAUCUCAGACACCUUCCUGUGUGAUGGAGAGAAAGACUGUCUAGAUGGCACUGAUGAAGCAGACUGUCCUGGAGAUUCCACAGACACGAAGGCAUCUUCUAAAGUGGUGCCAAUAACUUUAUCAGCUAAUCAGGACUGUAGAAGCCCCUCGAUGUUCUGUGAGAGCACAUCAUUGUGCAUGUCCCCGACUCAACUCUGUGAUGGAAAGUUGGAUUGUCCUGAUGGCUCUGAUGAGCUUUCCUGUAUAGAUUCAUGUCAGGAGAAGGGUGACUUCCUUUGUAAGGAACAGAAAAAGUGUAUUGAGGUGCAUCUGAGGUGUGAUGGACGUUCAGACUGCACUGACGGCUCUGAUGAGGCAGAUUGUCUUGCACCUGGUUUUAAGUGUCGCUUGGGUUCAAAACUCUGUAGGGAUGGCAGCGACUGUAUCCUGAACACCCAUGUGUGUGAUGGAGAGCUGGACUGUAAGGAUGGAUCUGAUGAAGAUGGAUGUGACCUUCAGUGUAAUCAAGGGCAGUUUCAGUGUCGUAAUAGCAGGAUGUGCAUCAGCAGGAAGCAGGUGUGUGACGGGGUUCCUCAGUGUCCCGAUAACUCGGAUGAAUCAACAUGCUGGAAGCCUUCACGAAGCUGCGCGUUGCGCUGUGAUCAGAACAGUCACUGUAUUCCGGAGAUCUUUAUUUGCAACGGGAUCAGGGAUUGCUGGGACGGAUCUGAUGAAACUGACUGCGCAGGAAACCCAGGACCACAUUCCCUUUGCAAAAGCCCAUUUAUACCAUGCCUGGCAACCUCAAAGUGCAUCUCCCAGAGUCAACUCUGUGAUGGCAAAAAGGACUGUACUGAUGGGUCUGAUGAAAGACCAUGCCUUCAGAGCUGUCCUUAUGAUGGGGAUGACUUUCUGUGUAAAGACCGGAGGAGAUGUAUUGACAGGAAUCUGGUCUGUGAUGGACAUCCUCACUGCACGGAUGCUUCUGAUGAGGUGGACUGUCCGACCGUAGCUGCUUAUUCAACCGAAGACACUCCCAUGAAGUGCCGUUUGGGGUUGACCCCCUGUAAGGAUGGCAGCGACUGUAUCUUGCACAGUCAUUUGUGUGAUGGAGAGAAUGACUGCAAAGAUGGAUCUGAUGAAGAGGGAUGCGAUGUUAAUUGCAAAACUGGGCAGUUUCAGUGUGCUCAUGGAAGGAAGUGCAUUGAUGCUUCUUUCGUGUGUGAUGGCAAACCACAGUGUCAGGAUCGCUCUGAUGAAAUGGACUGCUUCCAACGCACAAAGAGUUGUAGCCAUCGGUGUGACAAUAAAACGCGCUGCAUCCCAAAAAACUUCCUGUGUGAUGGAGAGAGAGACUGUAUUGAUGGCACUGACGAAUCAGACUGUGGCUAUCCUACACAGCUGCAACGAUGUGAGGCUCCUUCCGUGUUGUGUCGAGGGGGGAAACUAUGCAUCUCGAACUCUAAACUGUGUGAUGGAAAGCGUGAUUGUCCCGAUGGCUUCGAUGAAGAAGCUUGUUUCAAGAAAUGUCCAAAAUCAGGUGACUUUUUGUGUAAGGACCGAAGGAAGUGUGUUGAGAAUGGUUUGGUCUGCGAUGGCCGCCCUGACUGCAAUGAUUCCUCUGAUGAGGAAGGGUGUCCCAGGGUUCCUGUGAAGCCAAACAAACCAGGACCACUGAAGUGUCGUCUGGGUUGGAGACCUUGUAAGGACGGAAGCAAGUGUGUGCUCUAUAGUCAUGUAUGUGAUGGAGAGGUUGACUGUAAAGACGGUUCUGAUGAAGACGACUGUCAGUAUCAGUGUAGACCAGACCAGUUUCAGUGUGCUCAUGGGAGGCUGUGCAUCGACAAGAAGCUGGUGUGUGAUGGGACGCCUCAGUGUCAGGAUCGCUCUGAUGAAAUGGACUGCUUUACACGCACCAAGAGCUGCAGCCAUCGCUGUGAUAAUAAAACCCGCUGCAUCCCAGACACCUUCUUGUGUGACGGAGAGAAAGACUGUCUAGAUGGCACUGAUGAAGCAGACUGUACUGAGAGUAAUACGAAAAAAUCUGGACCUCCGUCCCUGAAAUGCGCUGUGGGCUUCAGACCAUGCAGGGAUGGAAGUGAGUGUAUCCUCUCCAGUCAUAUGUGUGAUGGAGAAAAGGACUGUAAGGACAGGUCUGAUGAGCAGGACUGUAGGCGCAAAGUUGUCCCUGAAGCUUCACCAGAUAAAAAAACUCCAGAACCAGUGUGUGAAAAUCCUUCUGUAAUGUGUCCCGGAACAUCCCUGUGCAUCAGUCAGUCUCAGCUGUGUGAUGGGAUGUUGGAUUGUCCUGAUGGGUUUGAUGAGCUCCACUGUUUACACGCCUGUUCAGAUCCAGGCCACUUCCUGUGUAAGAACAAGAGGAAGUGUGUUGAACGAGCCCUGGUGUGUGACGGUCGCUCGGACUGUUCUGAUGGUUCAGACGAGGCCCAGUGUCCUACUUGUCCUCUGCACUGUGACGAGGGGACGGUGUGUCUGACCAGCCAGCAGUUCUGUGAUGGACGUAUGGACUGUAAAGAUGGCUUCGACGAGAAGAAAUGCCAUAAGGGUCAGAAAAAUACUGCAGGCUCUUCAGCUCUGAAAUGCCGUCUGGGCUUCAAACCAUGCAGGGACGGAAGUGAGUGUAUCCUCUCCAGUCAUGUGUGUGAUGGAGAAAAGGACUGCAAGGACGGGUCUGAUGAGAAGGAUUGUGAACGGCAGUGUAAAAAAAGCCAGUUCCAGUGUGCUCAUGGGAAAAUGUGUAUUGAUCAGAAGCAAGUGUGUGAUGGGACCCCGCAGUGUCAGGAUCGCUCUGAUGAAGUGAACUGUUUUAAACCAUCUGAAUCCUGCAGCCAUCACUGUGAUAACAGAACCCGUUGCAUCCCUGAAUCUUUCCUUUGCGAUGGUGAGAGAGACUGUUUAGAUGGAACAGAUGAGACCAGCUGUGCAAAGGAGCCAUGUUUACGAGGUCAAUUUCAAUGUGUGAAUGGGCAGUGUGUGCCCGUGAGUGUUCGCUGUGACGGGCAUGCGGAUUGUUAUGAUCAGUCUGAUGAGAAGAGCUGUCGUAAACCUCCACACUGCCCCCUGGAGCAGCGCUGCCCCAACAGCCAUGUGUGCCUGCUGAAAGAAUGGUUUUGUGAUGGACACAAAGACUGCCCUGAUGGAUCUGAUGAACAGAAUUGCAAGGCCUCUCCUGUGCAAUGUGGAGCAUUCCAGUGGUCUUGUGCAUCGAAAGAUCAGUGCAUUCCUACAUUCUGGAGAUGUGAUGGCGUUAACGACUGUAAAGACCACAGCGAUGAAGCUGGAUGUGGCCAGACGAAAUGCUCCACACACAUGUUCAAGUGUGGCAGUGAGGAGUGUUUGGACUACAGGCUGGUGUGCGAUGGCACUGCUAACUGUCUGGAUGAGUCCGAUGAGGGUCCUGGAUGUCGCAGCAAUAAUUGUUCUGGUCCAAACCCACCGCGGUGUGAGCACAUCUGCAUCAACACUCCUCAUGGAGCGAAAUGUGGGUGUCAACCAGGCUUUAGGAUUCAGCCAGAUGGUUUGUACUGUGCAGAUGUAGAUGAGUGUAUGGAGAGUCGGCCUCCUGUGUGUACCCACAAAUGCAUGAACACGCAUGGCUCCUACAUGUGCAAGUGUCAUCCGGAGUUCAUACUGGAACCAGACGGCAGCAGUUGUAAGACACAAAAGGAGCCUAGUCUUUUGGCAUCGGUGCAGUAUGAAGUGCUGUUUAUGGGCCUGCGCAGCAGCAAUAUGGAGAUGCUUCUUUCCCCGGGCCUAAAGCCCAUCUUUUCUCUGGACUAUGACUGGAAGGAACAACGGGUGUUCUGGGUCUGUCUGCAGGAGCAAAGCAUCAAAUACGCAGUGCAUGGAGAAAAGGGCUACAUCAAGACUCUCGUUAAAGGUGUGAAAUCGGACUCUAUUGCUGUAGACUGGCUUGCGAGAAACCUGUACUGGGUGGAUGGAGUUGCUGGCCAGAUUUUAGCUGUGAGAAUUGGUGACAGUGUAUUAAAGCAACAGAAUGUGACUGUGAUUCUGGAUGAAGACCUUGAGCAGCCUCGUUCUCUGGUGCUUCUCCCACAGAAAGGGAUAAUGCUGUGGUCAGCGAUUGGGAAGAAGCCUCGGAUCGAGCAAGCUGGCAUGGACGGUUCGGAGAGGAAGUUGCUACUCGGCCAUGGUUUAAACUGGCCUGUAGCCUUGGCUGUGGAUAUCGUGACUGAUCGGAUUUACUGGGCAGAUGAAAAGCUCCAGUGCAUUGGUUCAGCCACAAUGGAUGGCAAAGAUAUCAGGCUUCUCCAGUUGACUGAGACUUCAAGCCUUUACUCUGUAGCAGUUUUUAAUGACAUGGUGUACUGGUCUGACACUAGAAGACAGGCCAUCCAUGGGGCUCACAAACUUACUGGCAAGAACCGCAAAGUUAUUCUUAAAAGACCUGGUCAACCAUUUGGUCUCAAAAUUGUCCACCCUCUGAUCCAGUAUAAAGUACCUAACCCCUGCGAGAGACUCCGAUGUUCUCACAUGUGUGUGUUAUCCCCAGAGGGUAGUGCAUCAUGUCGUUGCCCAACAGGACUGCUGUUGGCUGAGGAUGGAUUUACUUGUAGCCCACCUGUGAACUCCUCUUCUUUUUUACUGCUACUUUCUCCUACUAGACUUACAAAGGUUUUCACCAGAACCUUGCAUGGUCAGGUUGGACUAAAGCAGUGGCCCACCCACCAGGCCCAGUCUCUUCCUGGUAUAAACGAAGCCUUAGAUAUGGACUUGGUUCUUAGUGACGACACGCUUUACGUGGCAGAUGUUGGCCAAGCCUCUGUAGCUAAGAUUAAACUGGGUGACUCCAUGAUGCCAGAGCUCCAGAUGUUGCAGUUAUCAGGGGAUAUAAUAACUGCCCUGGCUGUGGACUGGAUCACUCACAACUUGUAUUGGAGCAGCAGCAAGAAACCUCAGAUUUAUGCCACGUCAGCAGGUGGAACAUUCACCAGCGUGGUUCUACAGGCCAGGCUUCAGGACCCCACCUCCAUUGCACUGCACCCACCCACAGGGAGGAUGUGCUUCACAGCCAUGGAGACAUCCGGGAAAGAUGUUUUGCCCCAGGUGGACUGUGCUGCCAUGGAUGGACGGAAUCAAAUGGUGCUUUGGAGGAAAACACGGCUUCCCAAUUUCCUGACUUUCUCAAGCCAGGGUACAACAGUUUACUGGGCGGACGUUGCCACUGAACUGAUUUGCUCUGUGGGCAUUGAUGGAUCAAAUUACAGGGAAUAUAAAACUGGAACUGCAUCUCCUUUAAUCGUGUCUUUAACUCGCAGUGAAAAUAUCCUCUUCUGGAUCACGAGGUUCAAUGGCACAACCAGUGUAUGGUUCAGUGAUGGCAUCCAGCCUAAAAAGUUGUGGUUUGAAGUGGAAACAAACCUUAUAGCACUGAAGGCGUUCAGCACAAACAGCCAGAAAGGAACCAACCUGUGUGCGAAGAACAAUGGUGGUUGCAGCCACUUGUGCCUGGCGUACCCUGGGGGACGUACCUGCCGCUGUACACAUGACUACAUCGCUGUCCAUGAAAACCAGUGUGUAUCUGGCGACCAGUGUCCAACAGGUUCAAAGCCUUGCAGAGAUGGAUACAAGUGCCUCUCCACUACCAGAUUCUGUGAUCAAAUUCCAGAUUGCCAGGAUGGCUCUGAUGAAGAGGGAUGCCAUAUGCAGGAAAAUGAGGUGUUGGUCCAUGCAAUGGGAGGCCAGUCUUGCAAUUCGGACCUCUGUAAUGGCAGAGGGAGCUGUGAAAUGCAAAAAGGGAAACCGGUCUGUAAUUGUGCACUGGGGUACGCUGGGCAGUUCUGUCAGGACGAGGCAUCCAGCAGCGUUCCCAUCAUCCUCACAGUAAUUUUUAUCAUCUCCCUAGUUAUAUUGGCUGCAGCAGUUAUGAGAUGGAGAAGAUGGAAAUCAAGAAGAGGUCUGUCUCUGGAUAAGGAAACCCUCAUGAAGGACAUGGAGGAACAGGAGGCAUGCUCAGAGAAUUUUUCAAAUGAACUCUACAACCCAGUGGAGGAGGAACAAUCGACAUGUGUUGAAUGAUGGAUUAAAUGAAAAUAAAGGUAUUGAGCUAAAAA